AUUUUAAACAAAUUAAAACCCAUAAAGAUCUUGGGUUCGAGACAACUUAAUUACUGGGACUGAAGUUGGGAGCGAAUGCCCGCCCCCCGACCCUCGCCCAUUGGCUUCCUCGCCCCUGCCCGCCCGCCUGCCUCAGCCCGGGCUCGCAUUGGUGCUCAUCAAGCGGUCGCCAUGGCGUUGCCGUUCCUGUCACGUUGGUUUGGGCUUUGGGAGGGAUUUUAAUUACAGUUUCGGCGUGAAUCUUAAUUGCGCUUCUAUGUAGCGUUCAAACAACAAUAACAACAUGGGGAGGGGGAGGAAAAGCGCAAAAUGCCCCCUAGGUUGUUCUGCUGGUCUGCAGUCGUGAGGACGGAUGUGUAUAUCACCGGCAAAGCUGGCAUUAUUGAAAACCCCUAAUUGCUCCCCAACUGAGAAGACAAUUAAGUUGCACGUAGACCAGAUCAGCAAUGCCACAUGAUGACUGAAGGCACUAUUAUGAGAAGUUACAUGAUCAUCAAGAUAUUUACAGAUUAAAACUGAGUUGCUGAUAUGUGUUUAAGAUGAGUGGACCUGGAGAAAACACUUUGGAUCCGGUGAAUUCUGAUUCAAGGAAACGGAAACUUUCUUCCUUUGAUGCUCAGGGCUCAAGUGUAAACUGCAGCAUUGAAAAGCGUCGACGUGAGCAAGAGAGCAAAUACAUUGAGGAACUGGCUGAACUAAUCUCAGCUAACCUAAGUGACAUUGACAACUUCAAUGUCAAACCUGAUAAAUGUGCAAUCUUGAAAGAAACAGUGAGGCAGAUUCGUCAGAUAAAAGAGCAAGGAAAAGCGUCUUCAAAUGAAGAUGAUGUCCAAAAAGCAGAUGUUUCUUCAACAGGACAAGGAGUUAUUGAUAAAGAUUCAUUGGGUCCCCUAUUGCUCAAGGCCCUGGAUGGCUUUCUGUUUGUGGUUAAUCGAGAUGGAAACAUUGUUUUUGUGUCCGAAAACGUUACCCAGUACCUUCAGUACAAACAGGAGGAGCUCAUGAACACUAGUGUGUAUAAUAUCCUUCAUCAAGAGGACCGUGAUGAAUUUCUUCGAAAUUUGCCGAAAUCAACAGUGAACGGAGUUUCUUGGGCAAAUGAAACACAGAGGCAGAAGAGCCACACAUUCAAUUGUCGAAUGCUAGUGCAGAUUCCUUAUGAUUCUUUGGAGGAGUCUAAUGGAAAUCACGAAACACGUCAGAAAUAUGAAACCAUGCAGUGCUUUGCACUCUCUCAGCCCAAGGCUGUAACUGAAGAGGGUGAAGAUCUUCAGUCCUGUAUGAUUUGCGUUGCAAGACGGAUUACACCAGUGGAACGAUCACAGUUCCCCACCAGUCCUGAAAGCUUUGUCACAAGACAUGACAUAACAGGCAAGAUAACUUCAAUCGAUCCAAGUUCCCUGCGUGCCUCGAUGAAGCCAGGUUGGGAAGAUCUUGUGAGGAGAUGCAUUCAGAGGUUCUUUCACCAUAAUGAUGGACAACCAUGGUCACUGAAAAGACAUUACCAAGAAGCCAUGAUGCAAGGCCAAGCAGAGAGUCCGUUGUAUCGGUUUUCCUUGUCAGAUGGCACUAUUGUCACUGCACAAACCAAGACCAAGCUAUUGCGCAAUCCAGCAUCCAAUGAAACCCUUGGCUUUGGCUCCACACAUCUGCUUCAAAGGGAACAGAAUGGUUGCAGGUUGAAUCAAAAUAACAUGGGGCAAGAAAUGAUGAAGACGCUUGCCACAGCAAAUGCAAACUCAACGGGCAACAUGAAUAUGUCAUCAGGGGGAACAGGACAAGGGAUGCCAGUUCAAAACAGCAUGGCCUAUGGUACAAAUAGCAUGAAUGACCCCAGUUCUAUGGGGCAAAUGGGAAGAUUUGGUGCAGGAAGUGGGACUACAAGUGCAAUAAACCUCGGGCCAAGCAUGCAGGCACCUGGUUUACAGGGUAAUAACUAUGCACUCACCAUGAACAGCCCCCCACACAGCAACCCUGGAGUGAACACCACCCAGCAGAACUUGAUGCUUUCACCAAGGCAUCGACUAAGUCCGCGAAUGGGACCUGGUCAAUAUUCUUCAGCUGGUGGGAUUCAAUCACCAGUGGGACAUGUAAACAGCACAGGAAAUAGCACCUUCUCCAGCAGUUCCCUCAAUGCACUUCAAGCCAUUAGUGAAGGAUUAGGAGUUUCACUCCUAUCAUCGCUGUCGUCACCUGGUCAGAAAUUGGAAUCUUCCCCGAAUGUGAGUUUGAUCCAGCAACCAAAGAUGGGCGGCAUGGAUAUAAAAGAAUCUCCUGGCCUAUAUGGGGAACAUAACCAAGUUGAGAGCACGGUGGGUCGACCAGAAAGUAGAGAUGCUCAUUCUGAUCAGAAGAACAUUAAGGAAAGUAAUCUGAACCUUUUCAAUAACAGUGACAAUUUAGAGGGCCAAAGAAGAUUCCAUGAGAACAAAAACCAUACCAAGCUUUUACAGUUGUUGACCUCUCCAUCGGAUGACAUGGGGCUGACUUCAUUAACUAACUCCAACUUGGAUUCCAGUAUUAAGGAUUCCUCUGCGGGCAUCACAAGUCCGACAGGAGUUUCCUCAACCUCGACUACAGCCGGAGCUGGUUCUGCUGCAACCGCUUUGCAUGGCUCUUCUUUACAAGAGAAACACAAAAUUUUGCAUAAGCUGCUGAAGAAUGGCAACUCUCCUGCUGAGGUGGCCAAGCUUACUGCAGAGGCUACAGGCAAAGAGUCAUGUCAGGACUCUGGUAGCAUGACACCAGUGGGCGAUGCUAUGAUCAAGCAAGAACAGAUGAGUCCAAAGAAGAAGGAGAAUAAUGCACUACUGCGCUACCUGUUGGAUAAAGAUGAUCCAAAAGAACUAACUUUAAAGGACAUUAAGCCCAAAAUAGAAGGAAUGGACAAAAUGGAUCCUUGCAAUGCAGCAAAGAUGUCUAGUUCAAUACAAGUGAAAGAGGAAGUUCGUAUCAAGACGGAACCAACUGAUCAGGCAAGCAAUGAACUGGAUACUUUGGAUGAUAUUCUGGGUGAUUUGCCCCAGUAUUAUACAGAGUCUGGGAACAGCAUGAUGAAUAAACAAGCGAUGUUUCAGGAUGCCAUGGCAUUCGAAAGAGGUCAUUCACCAUCACCAGGGGCAUCCAAACAAAUCCGUGGCACUUUAGGCAGUCCACCACCUAUGCAAUCCUCCAGGCCUCGGUUUAACCGAGCUAUGUCGUUGGAAGUUAGCACUCAGGGACAGGCCAGUGCAGGAGUUGGCCCAUCUCUGAGAAGCACCACCCCUUAUGGAAUGAUGGCAAAGCAAGCAAUGAUGGUAAAUCGAAUGGGAGGCAGCCAAGAGAGUUUUGUGGGAAGUGCAGGUGCACAGAGCAGUAUGAGUAUUGCUCAGCAAACGGCGAUGGUAACUGGAGAGUGGGGACUGCAAAACUCUGGUGGAAACACAGGCCCCGUGUCUAUGAUCAGACCAGGUGCAGAGUAUGGUUCAUCAAUGCAAAGAGGUGUCGUGAGUAACUCCUCACUUGGAAUGCAGAUGCGAUCCAAUGGACAAUCUGGUGCAAGAACAUUACUCCAGCAACAGAUGAUGGGAAUGCGAUCUUCAGAAAUGGAUAUGGGUCUUGGAGGCCCCCAGUUUGGGCAACAACAGGGUCCCACCAAUCCAUCUACUUCAUGGCCUGAAGGUGUUCUUCAGAUGGAACAAGUGCCUUCAGGCAAUCAAAGCAGGCAACCAUUUGGAAGCUCCUUGGAUGAUCUUCUUUGCCCUCCCACUACUGCCGAAGCUCAGAAUGAUGAGAAAGCUCUUUUGGAUCAGUUGGACACACUGCUGAGCAACGCAGAUGAAAUGGGACUGGAAGAAAUUGACAGGGCAUUGGGAAUUCCAGAUCUUAUCAGUCAGGCUCAGCCUCUUGAGGCACACUCAGAACUCUUCUCGGGACAAGACACAGCCAUGAUGUUGGAACAGAAAGCUUUGUACAGUCAGCAGUUUGCUUCACAAGCUGGUCCAGCACAAGGAUGUUAUCCUUCCAUGCAGGGUCAACAACCGGGUUUCAACCCCAUGAUGAAUCAAAUGGGUCAACAAGGCAGCUUUCCCCUUCCCAACAUCCAUGCUCGAGCAAACUUUGCUCGGCAUCGUAUGCUGAAUGCUUCUGCUCCCAAGCAACUACGAUUUCAACUUCAGCAGAGGUUACAAGGACAACAGCAGCUUAUGAAUCCAAAUCGUCAGUCCCUUGGAGUCAAACUGGAAAGUCCUAAUACAGUUAAUCCAGCUCUUCGGCCAGGCAUCCAACAGCAAAUGGUGGCACAGGACUUUCUCAAUGCACAGAUGAUGGCCCAGAGACAACGCGAGCUCUUGAGCCAGCAGCUUCGCCAGAGGCAGAUGAUGCACCGAGCCAUGAUCAUGAGGCAGCACCAACAGCAGGGCUUCAGCCCCCCACCCAACGUCACGGCUCCCACUGGCAUGGAAACUCCCAUGGGCGGUCCUCCGAUAACCCCGGCAUCACCGCAGCAAUUCACCUACCCUGCAAACUAUGCUAUGAAUCAGCAGACUGAUCCAUCGUUUGGUCGGGCUCCCAGCCCUCACAAUGCACUCAUGUCAAGAAUGGGACAGUCGCAGAAUCCUAUGAUGCAGCACCCUCAGGCUGCUUCUGUCUACCAAACAACCGCUGACAUGAAGAGUUGGUCCACAGGAAAUAUGGGUGGAAAUAGUGCUUUUUCACAGCAAUCUCCACAGCAAUUCGGGCAACAGACAAAUGCCAGCACCUACAGCAACCUGAUGAAUAUGAACAACACCAUGCCAGUAAAUGCCAGUGGCAACAGUAUGGGUCCGAUGCCAGGGCAAAUGGGCAUGACUCCAAUGUCUGUGUCGGGGAUAUCAAGCAUGGGUCCAGAACAGAAAUAUUGCUGACAACUCAGGAUGGCUGACUAUCAAUCCAAAAGGUUCACCUGGGUCCAUGUGGCUUGUGAAAUCAGUGCACUACGGAUCUACAGCAGAGACUUGCACAGAGAAGGAAACGGUGCCAUCUUGUGUGCUGCUGGUGUUUGGUGUGGCCCAACCAGAAUCGCUGUGCCAGCCUGCUAAGGUGUUCACUUCUUAAGAAAGAAGAACUGUUUCUCUGUUUUUAUUAGAUGUUUUAUCGAAAAGCAGACUCCUGGUGACAGGGCAGAGCUUGAUCAAAAAUUCAAAUUGUUUAGGAUUUGCUUUGGUUUUUAAUUGUCCUUCAAUGUCAUCUUUGCUUGCCAAAUCUUGCAUCUACUUUAUUGCAGUACCUAGCCAUGUUUAUUUUCCUGACAGUAUUGUGAAAUGUCACUUGCAAUGUGGUCAUUAUACAGCUGCGGACAUUUGGGGGAGAAAAAUAUUGCCAAGUGUUGGCAUAGAACAGUGUGCUUGUGGAUGCACUUUAGAGAAGAUUGAAGUAGUCGAGGUUCACUGUUCUUGUGAUCAGUGUAGCCCUGGCUGCACACUGGCACAUCCUUGGUUUCGUUUUCCAGAUUAUCUUUGCAUUAAGUAUUCCAUUGGUAUUUCAGAAAGAUCACAGAAUAUGUAUCUCAACAUCCAACUUCUUAAAUCUGCAUAUGCAAUGCCUAGCAAUAAUAAUCUUCGUUUUGAAAUAUUGCAGAUAAAAAAUUUCAUAUGGGAGUAAUACAAGGUGCGUGCUGUUGACUGUAAGCAAGGUACUGCAGCAUGGAACACCUGGAAGCUGGCUCCUGUGAAUAUAUCAUGUAAAUAAUGAAUACAAUAUUAUAUUAUAUAUACACUUUUAUAGGUCACAUUUAAGGAUUUUUUUUUGUUUGCACAGCAUUGGUGAGGCUAAUUAUUUGACGGACUUAUUUCUGUAUACAUGCCUUUAAGCAUCAGUUCAGGUUGUCAGUCCUAUUUGCGCCUGGCAUUGACAAUGGAACUAAUUUGUACGAAUGUGCAAAAUGUUUAGAUUUUCCCAUGUCAUCAUCCACUUUUUAGUUUUGUAGAAGGCUGCAUUUCUUUCUCUUAGUCCUCCCUCUCACUCAACCCCUGAUCCCCACCUUCCCCAAUUUCAUUUAUAAAUAGAAGUGCUUCUGAAAAGUACAACUGUAUUAAUCUUAACCUUUAAAUUGAGGCUAGGAUCGACAAAACAGUAAUUGAUCAGAAAGUAUGAACAAUGAUUUAUUUCUCCCUGUUUUCCUUUUAAUUUGUAUUGAGACAGAAUUGCCCAUCAUGCCAUUUGGCUAUCCUCGCCUCUGAGAGGAAGGGAGUGAGUUGCUUGUAAAUUGUUGAACAGAUACUAAUUGCUGAAUCCCUUGCGAUGGAUAAUGUAAGGAUCAUGGUGAAGAGACGACUUUGGCAAUCCACUACUUCGGGGAGGUGGAAUAUAAAUUUGAGGCUGAAAAUGAGAUUCAAUUAUGACGUCAUGCCUCAAGUGACAUUUCCUCAAACGGCAAUUUAUACAGUUGUACUCCAAAGGAAUAAUGGUCUGAGCUUUGUGUAACUUACUGAUUCUGUAUAAUUUUGAAUGAGCAAACUCCAUGAUGAUUUGAUGAACUGAGCAAUGUGCAAUUCCAUGGGCAACACAGUAACUAAUGUAAGACUAAAUAUUGUUUGCGGGGAUUUUUGAGGGUUCUGGAAUUCUGUGUUGCAUCUGUCUUCAGCUCAUUGAGCUGGAAAUAACUGUGUAAGAGUAAAUGCCAGUGAUUUCAGAAAGUUUAAUCAAAGACAAAACUCCUUGACUGCAGUGGGGUUUAUUUUUUGCAAGUUAGAAGCAUAAAUGUAAUACUGUCGGUGAACGAAAAAAGAUCAAACUAUAAACAUAACAUUGGCAAAUCACCUUAAAGAUAACACAGGGUGGAGUCAUUUUAUAUACUCUUAAUUGUUCAUUGCCUGAGCUAAUUCGACUUUGCUUUACCUUCCGUUUUCCUUGUUUUUUCUUUAAUUUGUUUCUGCGUACCAAUGUUUGGUCUGCAUCAUUUGCUAAGAUGAAUGUCUGCUACUGCGUUAAGUAAAAUGUACAGCAAGGACACACACACACAAUCAUGACCUCUAUUUUAAUAGAGUUGGAUAUGCCACUGUCAAGAUGAAACUUGUUUCCCUAAAUAGAAACAACAUUAUAAAAGGAUGUUAUAAAAGGAUACUUUUACUGAAUGAUUUUAGCUUAAAUGUUCAGUUAGUAAAGAAAUCUAUGCAACAAUUCAACCACAAUUAAUGUUUGCGUGGAGAUUGAGACAAAAUGCUAUUUCUGGCAACAAUAUUUUCACAAAUUGACCUACUUUGGCUGAAGUAAUGGAUAUGUUUUGUGUAGUUAAUGGCCUGAGGCCACCUCUGAUCAUAUUGAUCACUUAACAGUUUUUUUUUUUAAAUGACUUGUUGCUCUCAACAGCAACUGAUACAUUCCACAACUAUUCAAUGGAGGGUUGUUUUUGUAUAAUCCAUUCACAGGAGAAACGCAGCUUUUAAUGUUCACUUUUGAAUAAAUUACUGUUCUUAACUUGAAAGCAGAUUUGCUUCAUUGUGAGAACUUUGAUCAAUAGUACCUGAUUUUGUUUAGUUUGGGAGUGACACAGUGGCACAGCAUCAGCACAGCUGCCUCACUGCUCAAGUGACCCAGAUUCAGUCUUGAUUUUGGGCUCUGCCUGUCUGGAUUUCGUACGUUUACCCUGUGACUGACUGCGUGGGCUUCUUCUGGUGCUCUGGCUUCCCACAUUCCAUGAUAUGCUGUUUGGUAGAUUAAUUGGCUACUGUAAAUUGCUCUAGUGCAGGUGAGUGACAGGAAUUAUGGUGGGGAAGUGGGUGCUGUUAUGGAGAUGUAAAUUAUAUUCUUCUGGAUGAUUUGUGGACAGUUAGCACAGAUGUACUAGGCUGUAGGCCUAUUUCCCUGCUGUUUGACUCCCAAGAAACCCCAUCUAACCCUACUUAAAUUUUAAAAAAAAUGCUCGUAGGGUUGGUAUUGGGUUCCUUGGCAGCUGUUGGUGUGCAAAUGGACCAAAAUAAAAUCUGGCAGUCUGAAGUUAAACAGAGAUGGAAGUUAAACAGAAUAGAUGCAACACAUCUGUUGUCCAGCCAAGUUGUUCAGUGGAACAAGAACGAGUUGACUGCUGAUUCCACUCAUCUGGAAUUAGAGAAUCAGUCCUGAAGUAAUAAAAGUAGUAUUAAUUGUUAUAUUUAUACAUGAGCAAAUCAGAGUUGAAAAAUUAUUUUGUCAGGCUUUUUUGUUUAAAGGGGAAUCAGUUACUAAGUGAAAAUACUCAGGUUGGCUGUACAUCUAACUGACGUGAGGUCAAAACAAAACAAACAGCUAAAUUAGCCUGAUAGACACAAAAUGCUGGAGUAACUCAGUGGGUCAGGCAGCAUCUCUGGAGAAAAGGAAUCGGUGACGUUUCGUGUUGAGUCCCUUCUUCAGACUGUUGUGUGUAGCCUGGCAAUAACCAGUAACCUGAACUUGUGAGUCCACUGGCUACAAUACUGUAGCAGAGUCUUAGUGUGGAGACUCAGAAAAAUAAAGGCUUCGUUUUAUUCAGUUGCAUUUUAUUUGUCUCUAGGGGGAAAAUAGAUAUUAAAACUGCUAGUUCUACAUUCAGUGAAGAAUUCCAUUAAGAAUAUAACCAAUUAAUGUGCAUCUAUUAUUGUUCACUGAUUUAAAAACUCUCUCACAAUGUGGGAAAAUUACUUUAAUUCGAUGUCGGCAUGCUGAUCCAGCUGAUUUACAGAACAUCCCUACUAAAGCAUUAGAUGCCGUGGAUGUGAGGCAGGAUUUCUGGUUCAAGUGGUCAGGUUUCAAAUUGCAGCCCGAUAUACAAACAUUCCUCAAUGACUAAACGUGCUCAGUUACAGCUGGUGACAUGGCACCUUGAACACUCGGGCAUUUCAUUCUCAACGCAAAGCUGUACUUUAGAGCUAAUUCAAGGAUUGAUUCUUCCGGUACUAGUACAAGGUGCAUGGCAUGGGAUAAAUAACUUGCAUCUUAUGGGAAAAGGCCAUUACUUAUGUAGUAUAACAUUUCCAAUGUACAAAAGUAGUUAUUUACAUGAUUUAGAAGCAGAGCAAGAUUUUUGCAUUUUAAUUUUAUUUCCGGAGGCAAUUACUACGCUUCAAAAACGGCAAAAUGUGAUUGUUUUGUAAAGUUGAAUUAACUGUUGAUUGGCUCAGUUCCAUUUUUUUUGUUACAGCCAAGAAUAUUUACAGAUAUCAAUGCACCAACCUCUUAAAACAUGGUUAUUUCAUUGGAGAACAGAAAUAGCCCCUGCUUCUGAAGGGUGCAAGGUUAUCAGUAGAUCCUGAGAAGGGAUACAGUCAACCUUGUGAAAGAAACUUAAAAGUACUUUGAUAUCCUUGAUAGCUCAGAAGGUCCAGCCAGAUAGCAGCUGAGCCACAUAGGUCAGGGUACUCCAGGUGCGAUCCCUCUGUUAAAAUGUAGUCGUGGACGGAUACUCUACAAUUGUCCAUACUGAUUUUGAUGAGGAGGAAACUGGCUGGGAAUCAUGCUCCCUGUAAAGUAAAAAAUGUAUCCAUCAAUGUAUAUUGUGGAAGCAGCCGGACAAGAUUAGUCGCAUGUCUCAUGAUACAAACUCUCCACGAUUGUGGAUGAAUGAUGUAUGUUUGGAUCAGGCACUUCAGGCCCCAAUUGCCUGUAGAACAGUGCUUGUGUGUGGAUCCAAUGUCACCAAGAAGGGAGGACUUGUAGGAAAGCAUAUAGUGUGAGAAUAGUGUAUCUUCUUUAGUCAAUUUUAAAUGACUCGGAUUGUAUUCCAAGUGACACUUCAGUGACACUGUUUACAAAUUGGUGUCUACCUUUCAGGCUGAACACUGACUUUGAGUAAUAUCAGCAACUCAUUUUAAAAAUUGAAAAGGUUGGGUUGCAUGUUUCCAGACCAUCACAUUGAUUUCCACCCUUCCUGACAAUAAAUGACCAUUUUACCCAACGUUGUGCUUCACAAUACAGAAUGAGUUCAGAGCACUGUGAAUAAAAUGGAGUUAUAUUUUUAAUGCUGAAAAUUACCGUUUUAAAUUCCUGUACAAUUAUUAUGUGCGAUCUUAACUGGUGCUCUUGAAGAUUUGGGAUUUCUAGGUAAACAGUGUGCUAUUGUAGGUUUUUAAUUUUUUUUUCAUUUCUAGAUUGCUUACGGCUUUAGAAAUUGAGAUUGUGUAUUCAAACCCAUUUCUUAACUGAUAACACCAAAUUGUACAUUAAUAUAGUUAAUGUAUAGGUUUAUUCAGUGGAGCAAACUAUUUAUUAUUUAAAUAAGAAAUAAUUAAAUGCAAGUAUUAUAAUGAGUCACUUUUUGUUUUUUCCUUUUUGCUUCAGCCUAUUGUUUUUAAUUUUCUGUAUCAUAAUUAUGAAUUUGAUAAAUGUAUCAUGCUGGAAAAGCAAUAUUUGAAAGGCCAUCUGGAGGAGACACGUUUUGAAUAGUAAGAACUCAAUUAAGGAUAGUCUCAAGAUUUCUAGUAUUGCCGUUUAUAUCCCUAUGUUACAUUUCAAGUAAAGCAAGUUAUGAAAGAAAAUUCAUUUUAAGAUGGUUCCACAGAAUAAUGGUAAACUGGUUAGCAGAUAUUGCUUUUAAUGAUUUAUUCGCCUCAAUGUUAAUGUUGUAAAUAAAGAUUUCUAUUUAAAAUGUCUUUGGCAAUUUGUUACCGUAUCUUGCUAUUCAGCUGUUUGGAAACAGAUGUUGUAAAAAGCAUUCUGUAAAAGAUGUACAUUAAAUACACACAAGCCAUGUCUGAAUAAAUGUUCAUGAUAUUAAAGUGUGUGAAUGUGAAUGUUAAAAGAA